AUGGGGGAGAAAAGGUUAUUACAGCUGAAUGAGCUUGAAGAUUUUAGAUUUCAUGCUUACGAAAAUGCCAAACUAUACAAGGAGAAGACCAAAAGAUGGCAUGAUAAGCAAAUUCAAGUAAGAGUAUUUGAACCCCAACAACUUGUUUUGUUGUUAAAUUUACGGCUUAAGUUGUUUUCGGGUAAAUUAUGGUCGAAAUGGUCUGGACCUUUUAAGGUGGUGCGUAUCGCACCUCAUGGAGCUGUGGAGUUGUGGAAUAAAGAGAAGACGGAGAAUUUCCUUAUGAAUGGACAGCAUGUAAAGCACUAUUGGGCGGAUCAUCCAGAUAAGCAUAAGGAAUCUAUCACUUUUGCUGAUGAGUGA